AUGGAGGUGGAUGAAAAGCAAAAUGAAAGAAACAAAGAAGUUGAUCAAAUACCAAAUGACAGUGAACUAGAUGAUGAUGGCAAACCAAAACGAACAGGGACAACAUGGACCUCAGUCGCGCAUAUCAUAACGGCGGUGAUUGGUGCUGGUGUGCUAACAUUGCCAUGGGUGAUGGCUCAAAUGGGAUGGAUCCUUGGUGUUUCAUAUAUAUUAACCAUAGCUCUUGUUACACUCUACACUUCAAAUCUUCUAGCAGAUUGUUAUAGAUCACCAGACCCUGUCACUGGUGAGAGGAAUCACACUUACAUGGAGGCUGUCAAAAAUAUCUUAGGUGGUAGAAUGUAUAUGAUUUGUGGAAUAGUCCAAUAUGCUAACCUUAGUGGAGCAGCAAUUGGAUACACAAUAACUACUUCUAUGAGCGCUGUGUCAAUACGAAAAAUUAACUGCUUCCACAAACGGGGAACUGAAUAUCCAUGCCAUUUUUCUAAUAAUCCAUACAUGAUUGGUUUGGGUAUUGUUGAAAUCUUUUUGUCCCAAAUCCCAAAUUUUCACAAGUUAUCUUGGCUCUCAAUUGUAGCAGCAACAACUUCUUUUGGUUAUGCCUUUAUUGGUAUUGGACUUUCUCUUGCUACUAUUAUCCAAGGAAAAGGAAAGAGUACACAUUUAAUCGGAGGCAAGGAGCAAUUUUCAGGAGACAGAUUGUGGAAUAUGCUCAUUGCAUUGGGAAAUUGUGCACUUGCUAGCAACUAUUCUCUAAUAGCAAUAGAUAUUCAGGAUUCAUUAAAGUCAACACCACCAGAAAAUAAAGUGAUGAAGAUGUCAAACAAAAUAGGAAUACUUAUAAUGACAAUUAUCUUCCUCUUAUGUGCUUGCUCUGGCUAUGCUGCAUUUGGAUCAAACACUCCAGGAAGCAUUCUAAUGGGCUCUGGCUUUAAAGAGCCAUUUUGGCUUGUUGAUUUAGCCAAUGUCUUCAUUAUUGUGCAUUUGGUUGGAGCAUAUCAGGUAAUUGUCCAACCAAUUUUCAGAGUGGUUGAAAUAUUUGCUGGUAAAAUGUGGUCAAAAUCAAGUUUUAUAAGUAGAGAGUACUCAAUUGGCAUUGGCAAAAUGAAAUCCAACUUCAAUUUUUUUAGGCUCAUUUGGAGGACCAUAUUUGUGACACUAAUUACUGUUUUGGCUAUGGCAAUGCCCUUUUUUAAUGAUAUGCUUGGACUUCUUGGAGCAAUGGGAUAUUGGCCAUUAACAAUAUACUUUCCAAUUGCAAUGUAUAUUGCCAAAGAAAAAAUGAGGAGACUUACAAUCAAAUGGUUUGGACUUCAAACAUUGAACUUUAUUUUUAUGGUGGUGUCAUUAAUUGCAGCUAUUGCAGCCAUUCAUGGGUUGCAUGAAGCAUUACAUAAAUACAAACCCUUUAUGUAUAAAAUGUAG